UCCUCAAGUUUAUUAUUCAGGUCGAAGUUCAGGGUACGCCGGUACCCCGCACGGCGGCGUCUAAGCUACAUAACAGGUUUGUCAAGUGUGUAACAGAGUACAACUAAGUCGCUAACACUAAACAGAUCCAGCUUUAGAAGCCGUUGGAAACGUCAAGUAUGUCGUAUAAAAAGCCCGGAAUUGUCCAUGACGGGGUGCGGUAUCCUCGUCAGGUCACCAGAGAGAUUCUCGAGGCCAUGAAAACCUUUCAGACACGCGACGACGACAUCGCUAUUGUCAGCUAUCCCAAAACAGGCACAAACUGGACCCUGGAGAUCGUGACCCACAUCCUCCAGGCCGCAGGAAGGUCGGCCGCCAACUCAGACGAACACCUCAUCGGGAAACUGGAGUUCCAUUACCCCGAGAAUCCCCACCCCUCAUACGUACUGCUGGAAGACGCCCCCUCCCCCCGGGUCAUCCUAACCCACCUCAAACCCGGGACAGCACCCCCCCGGAUAGCCAACCCCCGGGGAAAGGAGAAAAUACUGGUGGUGAUGAGGAAUCCAAAAGACACGGCUGUGUCCUACUAUCACCACUGCUUGAAGUGCAGAAAUAUCGAUGCUAACCAGCUGCCAUGGCCUAAAUACUUCCAAGACGCCCUUGCUGGAAAAGAGGAAUACGGCAUCUUCUUUGAUCACGUGUUGUCCUGGUGGCAGAAGAGAGGCGACCCCCACUUCAUUUUUCUCAAGUACGAGGACAUGAAAAAGGACGUCGCCAGCGAAGUGAAGAAAAUUGCAAAGUUCCUAGAAGCUGACCUAGACGCCGCCACCAUUGCGAGGAUCGCAGAGAAGUGCACAUUUGAGGGCAUGAAGUCAACUCUGGACAACUCUCGGUACUCCGGUAGGAGAGUCAAUGCCAGAAAAGGAGUUGUUGGUGACUGGAAGAACUACUUCACCGACGAACAAAAUCAAGCCUUUGACGCUCAGUACGAUGAAAAGCUCAAAGGGACAGGUCUUGACUUUGAAUUUGAGUAGAUGACGUUUCAAAAGGAUUUUUUUACAUAGACCUGGGUUUCCUUCAAUGUUAGUAGAUUGCAUAACGGGGUCUAUAAUUGUUACGAUUCAGCAAUAUUAGCACGUUGUAAGUUCUACACAACAUUGCCAGACGAAGAUGCGACCUUUUUAAGUUGUUAGUGACACGGAAAAAGUGCAUGGCAGCAUGGGCAUUAAAUUUAAUGUACAAAAUACGAUGAGCACUGGCUAUUACUAAGUGUUUAUAUUAACUAAAUUUUCCGGACAUGUACGCUGACG